UCCAGUGGCUAUUUCGCAGUUGCGGUAGCCUAUAGUAUUUUAGUGAUCGUAUUGAAAUACAAUUGAAGAUACUUUGGAAUAAAACUGAACCGUACGACCGUGUAGCCUACUUUUUCUGCAAUGGCUGAUCAUCAUCUUUUACAUUAUUGCGACUCAGCUGCGGUUGGGAACCGUUUCGCCCGCAAAGGUGCUCUGCGGCAGAAAAACGUGCAUGAAGUCAAAAAUCACAAAUUUACUGCCAGGUUUUUCAAGCAACCGACAUUCUGCAGUCAUUGCACAGACUUCAUAUGGGGAUUUGGGAAACAAGGAUUCCAGUGCCAAGUGUGCUGUUUUGUGGUCCACAAAAGGUGCCAUGAGUUUGUCACCUUCUCCUGCCCUGGAGCCGACAAAGGCCCCGACACAGAUGACCCCAGAAGCAAGCACAAGUUUAAGAUCCACUCGUACGGCAGUCCCACGUUCUGCGACCACUGUGGCUCCCUCCUCUACGGACUCAUCCACCAGGGGAUGAAAUGCGACACCUGCGACAUGAAUGUGCACAAUCAGUGUGUGAUGAACGUGCCAAGCCUGUGUGGGACAGACCACACGGAGCGCAGAGGACGCAUCUUCCUCAAGAUCGAAGUCAGCGGAGACAGGCUACACGUCACAGUGGGUGAAGCCAGAAACCUGAUCCCCAUGGACCCUAACGGUCUGUCUGACCCCUACGUGAAGCUCAAGCUCAUCCCUGACCCCAAGAACGAGACCAAACAGAAGACCAGGACCAUACGCUCCUCACUCAACCCCACCUGGAAUGAGUCUUUCAGCUUUAAGCUGAAGGUAAUGGAUAAGGACCGUCGUCUGUCUAUAGAGGUGUGGGACUGGGAUCGCACCACCAGGAACGACUUCAUGGGCUCAAUGUCCUUCGGUGUGUCUGAACUCAUCAAGUCCCCCGCCUGCGGCUGGUACAAGAUGCUGUGCCAGGAGGAAGGGGAGUACUACAAUGUUCCCAUCCCUGAAAUCGACGACGUCAACAUGGAGCUCAGGCAGAAGUUUGAGAAAGCCAAGUUGGGCCAUGGGAAGAAGGUGAUCACGCCAGCAGACCACAGGCGGUUCAGCUCGGACCGCACCACGCCCGGAAUGGACCGUGUCCGGCUCAAUGACUUCCACUUUCUGUCUCUCCUGGGGAAGGGCAGCUUUGGCAAGGUGAUGCUGGCAGAGAUGAAGUCCACAGAGGAGCUGUACGCCAUCAAGAUCCUGAAGAAGGACGUGGUGAUCCAGGAUGAUGAUGUGGAGUGUACCAUGGUGGAGAAGAGAGUCCUGGCCCAGAGAGACAAACCACCCUUCCUCACUGCACUCCACUCCUGCUUCCAGACUGUGGAUCGUCUGUACUUUGUGAUGGAGUAUAUUAACGGAGGGGACCUCAUGUACCACAUUCAGCGCGUGGGCAAGUUCAAGGAGCCACAGGCAGUGUUCUAUGCUGCAGAGAUCGCUGUGGGCCUGUUCUUCCUGCACAGAAAGGGUGUUGUAUACAGGGACCUCAAACUGGACAACGUGAUGCUGGACUCUGAGGGCCACAUUAAGAUAGCAGACUUUGGCAUGUGUAAAGAGAACAUGUAUGAAGGCAUGGUCACACGCACCUUCUGUGGUACCCCCGACUAUAUCGCCCCAGAGAUCAUUGCAUAUCAGCCCUAUGGGAAAUCAGUGGACUGGUGGGCUUAUGGUGUUCUCCUCUAUGAGAUGCUAGCAGGACAGCCGCCGUUCGAUGGAGAGGAUGAAGAUGAGUUGUUCCAGUCCAUCAUGGAGCACAACGUGUCCUACCCCAAGUCCAUGUCUAAAGAGGCCGUCGUCAUCUGCAAGGGAUUCAUGACUAAGCACCCGUCAAAGCGUCUCGGCUGUGGCCCGGAGGGCGAGAGGGACAUCCGGGAGCAGGCCUUCUUCAGACGCAUCGACUGGGACCGCCUCGCCAACAGAGAGAUCCAACCGCCAUUCAAGCCUAAAACGGGUGGCAAAGGAGCAGAAAACUUUGACAAGUUCUUCACACGCACCCAGCCCAUGUUGACCCCUCCGGACCAGCUAGUCAUCGCCAACAUCGACCAGAGCGACUUUGCUGGUUUCUCCUACAUCAACCCACAGUUCAUCCACCCUUCCCUCCUUCACAGUGUGGUAUGAGAAGGGGAGAGAUCAGGGAGAGGAGGAAGAGAGAGAGAGAGAGAGAGAGAGAG